AAUAUGUAAAUGCUUUUGUGUGUGCAGGAGGAUCAGUCCCCAAUUAACUUCACUCAGCGGUAGAGGCGGUUUUGAUCCAGCUUGCGAUGUUUGGAUGCAUGGAAAAUGCAUUACUAUAAACAGACACAUUCCUUCACCAUCGUCCCAGCUUUCUCACUAUCCAAGCAUCGAAACUAUUGCUUCUACACUUCAAAAUUCCAGAACCUGGAUUCCUACUGUGACAAAGAUGAAUCUACGGCCUCUUAUUCUCCACGCUCGCUGCGGCAACCUCACUUGCCAAAAGCAAACCAUUUUUCCAACAAGUCUCCGCUCUUUGUUGGCUCUAAAUUUAUUGAUGUCAUUUCAUCAAACAAGGUGAUCACCAACUACGUCCGCUCUGGUGAUUUAGAUUCAGCCCUCGGAGUGUUUGAUAGCAUGGCGAUUAGGACCACAGUGACAUGGAACUCAAUGCUGGCUGGGUAUUCGAAAAAGCCUGGGAGAGUUGCAGAAGCCCGCCAAUUGUUUGAUAGAAUUCCUGAACGGGAUACUGUUUCAUUCAACACAAUGUUAGCUUGUUAUUUAUACAAUUCUGAUAUUGAGUCUGCUAGGAGCUUCUUUCAUCAAAUCCGGAAUAAAGAUAUUGCAUCCUGGAAUACCAUGAUAUCGGGUUUUUCUCAACAUGGCAUGAUGGACGAAGCCCGAGAAUUGUUUUUGUCAAUGCCGGAGAAAAAUAGUGUCUCGUGGAAUGCCAUGAUAUCAGGCUAUGUUGAGUCAGGGGAUCUGGAUUCAGCUAUGGAAUUGUUUCAUGCAGCACCUGUAAAGAGUGUGAUUGCAUGGACUGCAAUAAUAACUGGGCACAUGAAGUUUGGAAAGGUUGAUUUGGCGGAGAGAAUAUUUAAGGAGAUGCCUGUGAAGAAUCUGGUGACAUGGAAUGCAAUGCUUUCAGGUUAUGUUGAAAAUUGCAGAGCAGAGGAGGCGUUGAAGCUUUUUAAGGUAAUGGUGGAAUUGAGAGUUGGGCCAAAUCCAUCAAGCUUGAGUAGUCUACUACUAGGUUGCAGUAAUUUAUCUGCAUUAAAGUUCGGUAUGCAAAUUCACCAGCUGACACAUAAAUCUGUCUUGGGCUAUGAUACAACUGUAGCAACUUCAUUGAUUAGCAUGUACAACAAGUGUGGAGAUUUAGAGGAUGCAAGGAAAUUGUUCCUUGAGACACCAUGUAAAGAUGUUGUUACUUGGAAUGCAAUGAUCUCUGGGUAUGCACAACAUGGCACAGCUGAAAAGGCUCUGUCUUUGUUUGACGAGAUGAGAAAUGAAGGACAUAAACCAGAUUGGAUUACCUUUGUUGGAGUUUUAUCAGCUUGUAACCAUGCAGGACUUGUAGACCUUGGCGUUCAAUAUUUUGAUGGAAUGCUAAGAGAUUAUGGGGUUGAAGCCAAGAUAGAUCAUUAUGCAUGUAUGAUUGACCUUCUUGGUCGAGCUGGUAAACUGGUUGAAGCUGUAGAUUUAAUUAAGAAGAUGUCUUUUAAACCUCAUAAUGCUAUAUUUGCGACCCUCUUGGGUGCGUGCAGAAUCCACAAGAACUUGCAUCUUGCUGAAUUUGCUGCCACGAACUUGCUUGAUCUUGACCCUACAAAUGCAGCUAGUUAUGUUCAACUAGCUAAUGUUUAUGCCACAAUGAACAGAUGGGACCUUGUUGCUAGAGUUCGGCGAUCAAUGAAAGAGAAUAAGGUAAUUAAAGCACCUGGGUAUAGCUGGAUUGAGGUGAAGAAUGUGGUUCAUGAGUUCAGAUCAGGAGACAGGGUUCACCAAGAUUUGAGUCUGAUACAUGAAAAACUGAAUGAAUUGCAAAAGAAAAUGAGGUUGGCAGGCUAUGUGCCAGAUCUUUCAUCUGCAUUGCAUGAUGUAGGAGAGGAGCAGAAGGAACAGUUACUCUUAAAGCAUAGUGAGAAACUAGCAAUUACUUUUGGAUUGAUUAAAAUACCACCAGGGCGUCCCAUCCGAGUGUUUAAGAACUUAAGGAUAUGUGAUGACUGCCACCGCGCUACUAAGUACAUAUCAGCAAUAGAAGGGAGGGAGAUCAUUUUGAGAGAUACUACAAGGUUUCAUCAUUUCAAAGAAGGAAAUUGCUCUUGUGGUGAUUAUUGGUGAGCCCAAGAAGUGUGGUAAUUUCAUUCUUUUUCCUUGUAGAAGUGGAAAAAGGAGGAAUUUAAGUUUUACAGAGAACUCUCCAGUUGGAAUUAUCAGGAAUGAACACGAGACACAAACUUGAUGGAGAUUCAUUGUGCAUGAAUAAUUGCUUCAUCUUAAAUAUCUUAUCUAAGGACAGACAACUUGAAAUUGUGCACUUGGAGCAAACAGUGGUAGAUGGAGCGUUCGUAAGUAUUUCACUGUCUAGUACUCUGUGUGAGGCUGACUGGUUUAGUAUUGGGCUGCAUGAUUCCUCCUUUGAAGUUUUGCAUGCAAGAUAGAUUAAUUUUGGAGAACGUAAGGGGUAGCACAUUGCUAACUGUGCAAUGAACAUCUGUCGAAAUGGUCAGGGGCACGAUCCAACUCCUUAAGUUGCAUUUUCAGGUCUGAGGUAACAAUCAUUGACCUUGAGUUACUGAAGGAUAAUUUGCAAAGUUCAUGGUGGACCAAAUGAAAUUUAAAAAGUGAAUGGACCUGCAAUGCUCCACGAUUUCUCCUAUACCGAGUUUGGCAAUAUUUACAUUUCAGGGCAGAGUUUUUUCACAUCGGUGUGUUGACAUCAAAUUUCAUAGGAGAUGUCAGGAGUUUACUUUUUUUUGGAGGAAACAACUGGACUGUCAAUGCUUCUGUUCUCCCAUAUGAUGUGAAGCUGGAAAAGGAACUUUUGGCUACAUCUUAUGUAUGAUCUGUUCGAAAGAAUUGCAGCUGGCCUUGGAAGUUGCAUCAACUUGAAGAGAUGCAUAUUUAGCAUCCUAUUACUACAAAUAGACGUGAAAAAGAACACAUAGAGCAAUUUUCUCCAUAUGUGUCAACAAUAGAAGUUGGCAGCUUUGCUUGGAUCAAGUGGAUGUAGCGUUUGUGUCUUGUCAUGAGACCAUAUUCUUUUGGGUUCUAGAUUUAUGGCAAUGCGCUGAGGAACUCUAGUGUUGUUGAGGCAGUGAGAAGCCUGUCAGUUUGCAUCGCAGCGAGCUAAAACCUGAACUGCAAAACUGGGUUUGCUUCUCAUGGUACAUGUUUUGUGUAUCAGUAUGCAAAAUAUGCAGAAGGAAAUGCUUGGCCUGAAUUGUGCAUUUAUCAACUACUUCUUGCACUGAAUUCUGCUGCUCAAUUUAAUCAUUGACAUUUGUGGUUUUUUUGCCCCUACCGAGUAGGAAACUGAUAUUUGUGCAGAAUCCUUAGACAAAUAUUAUCAAAAAGUGAUGUAAUAGUGGCAUUUUUUUUUUAUUUGAAGCUAUUCUGUGAAGUCUCUUUAAAGAUGUACUACUACUGGGAUUGUAAUGUAAUAUUUAGCUAUAUGCAUAAUGAACGA